CAUAUAUUUAAAACCCUAGUUUGGGUUAGAGAAAUCCUUCGAUCUAUUAGCAUAAUCUCUCUCUCUCUCAUUUCAGUGUCAUCGAAGUUCAAACCUGAGAAACCCAGAAAAUUUCUUAAUUCCUUCGAGACUGGAAGAUGAUCCGAAGCUCCAACCUCUCUAGAUUAAGAUAUCUUACUUCAUCCGUCGAAACCCUAACUUACCAGUUUCUGCAACGAUGUUCUGUCAGUGGAACUGCGAAAGGAAAAUCCAAGAUCAAAACAGCGCAACCACUGAAGAGGUCCAAGAUCCCUAAGAAAAAAGGCACUUCUUCUGGCGGCGGGGGUCGAAUGAACGAAGCAACUGAACGUUUGAACAGGAUGGUUGAUUCCUGUUUGGAUGCCCCUACGCCAGUACGAUACCUGACACCUAAACAAAGGGAACGAGAAGCCGAGCGGGAGAAGCUUGGACUCAUAAGUAAAGAUCGACAGCGCGAGAUUGACGCUUUGAAGGCAAAGAAAUCAGAGAAAAGUGUCGAAGAGAGUCCGACGAUUAUUGGGACUCCGGGAUUGGAUUUGAUCUCGUUGGGCCUGGUCGAUGCCAAGGACAUCCCGAAAUAUGAAUUGACUGUCGAGGAUGGUCGAAGACUUGCGAAGGAGUACAGUAGGGUUCUGAUGAGGCGGCACCGGGCUAGGCAGGCAGCAGAGUCAAUGUUGCUGCGAUUGAAGAAAGAGGCAAUCGAGGCACUUCCGGAGCAUCUAAAAGCUGCAGCAUUGGUGCCAGAUCUGACUCCUUUUCCGGCUAAUCGGUUCAUGGCGACAUUAACACCACCAAUUGAAGGCUACAUCGAGAAAAUCAAGGAAGCAGCAAAGAAGAACGUUGGGAAGGAGAAGCUCAGAUGACUCUAGUGGCAUUUUUGCUAGGUGUUCAAGGAUUGAAGGUGGAAAAAAGCAAAGGUUUCCUGAGGAAUAUACCAUUUGCAAUUUGUAUUUGGAAGGAAAGGAUCAAAUGUACUUUUGAAGGCAAAAUACACAGAUAACAAACAUGUUGGUGAUAUUGGCUCAUUGAUGUGGAUUGUGUGCUCGCACACACUAAGAAUUCAAAUAGGCUAAGACUAAGAGGGAGGAUUUUGGGGAUAAUCUGUCGGCAACUUUGGACCUCUGGUCUACAUCUUUAUCCAGUCGGGCUGAGCUGGGAAGUUCUAUUAUCUUCACCCAGUUCUUCUCUGUUCAAUUGUCUUUUAUGAGAAGGGUAAUUGCUAAUAACCUCUAGUCCCUUUAUCACCUCUUGCCUCUUUAUUAUCGACAGAUUUCAUAGUGAUCUAGAUGAUACUUUGUCAGUUAUUGAUAAGUAUGGCGAUUUUCAUUUUAGAAAGGGCUUUGAUAAUAUUGUUCUUUCCAAGAAGGAUGCUUCUCCUCAUCCAACAUGUAUGAUGUUAAGCAGAGGUAGACACACAUUAUUUGGAUUCAAAAUCUUUGAAAAGAAUUCAGAUUGCUGUGGAAUUUUUCUUGCAAGAUUGGUUUGCAAGCAAGGUUUCAACAAUCCUUGUUUUUAAUUCCAAGGCCUCCUUCUACA